AUGGGGAAAAAGCAUGGACUUGGACGGACUCUUGUGAAACGUUUGGGUACAUCGACUUCAGAACGAUCAGGGAGGCACAUUGUUGGGACUUAUAAUGAUUCCGAUUGGUCUCGUUUACCCGUCUAUUCCGUCACUGAACAAACUGGUCUCGAUGAGUUUUUCAGCAUUGCUAAACUUGCUAACCAGGAAUUUAAAGCUGAGAAGAAAAAUAUCAGGUUGCUGAGUGAUUCCGAGGUAACUGGGAUUCAAAGUGCAGCUGAGCGUUUAAAAAUCUCUGAAGUCCAAAAGCAGUAUAAACAAUGUCUCAAAAUACCCAGAAGUUAA